GUUCGUGGCCUAUCUCCCACAGAGGGUUUGUGCCAUUAAUUGAUUCUUUAUCAUCAUCAUCGUCUUCGCUCGCGCGACAGCCCCAUGUGGCAAACCACGCUCGCGCUUUCUGACACGUAGCUAUUCGUGGCACAUCGCAGCAUCGUUGAAAGGUACGGCAUUGGUGUAGUUCUAGCUAUGUGCGUCGACGCACGCAGCGUCAUGCGAGUCUACUGUCUCUUCCCUGACGAUGCAUCAACCUUCUCAGAAGCAUCGCCAUCCCACAAGACGACAUUGGCGAUUCGAUUCAACUCAUAUCCAGAAGGGGGCAAAGAUGGCAUGCUGUACGUUUCCUGCUACGUUGCCUUCAACAACGUCCUGACGGAGAACCGGGAUCUGGUGAUCAAGCCGUGGAAGGAGGUCGAGGAAAUUGCCUGGGACAGCUGCUUAGGAGAUCGGAGGAUACCGUUCCUGAAGACCCAGUACGACCUGCUCGUUGAGAUUGGAAUCGGGGACAUCCUGUCUCUAGGCUACACCAUGCACUCGGCAUGCACCGCAAAAGGAUUCCGGCACCAGGCUUUGGUGGUAUCCGAGAGCCCUAGACUACUAGUACUAUACAGGUGGGAGGAGCCCAUAACCCGUGGGGUGGAUACGGGUACGAGCGGGGUUUGCCAGGUCAUGCAUACCAGCGCAGCGGCUUCUCCCGAGCACAGUACGUCUCGGCGUCUUGUGCUACAGGCCCUACAUCCACGCGGGCGGCACACUGCCGUGUGCGGUGACGAUGCUGAACUCCAUCAAGGCCGAGAGGAACAGCCAGAGGGACAGCGAUCCAAAUCCAAGGAGCAGCCUUUGCAGGCUACACGAGAGGUAAGCCAGACUCCAAUCAAGCAAAAAAGCCAGUAG